UGACGUCGGGCGCCGGGGACGCCCGGAGGUUUGUGGCGGUGCCGGCGCCAUUUUGCCUGAGCGUGCGAGCUAGUGGGAGUGGAGCGCAGCGGCCGUUGUCGCCGUCGCCUUCCGCCUCCCCACACUCCAGACAGCGGGGUGACUAGGCCGCCGGCCCUCGAGCCGAGACUUGUCUCUUACUUAGUUCUCGGGAACUCCUGGCCAACAUGAGUGAUGUAGAGGAGAACAACUUCGAGGGCAGACUUCCCAUCUCUGCUCCGAGGUGCGGGUCCCCGGCGCGGUGGGGCAGGAGGCGGCGGGGCGCUCCCUCCGGCCGGAUAGUGGAGUCUCGCUCUCAGUCAAAAUCUCCAACGGGAACUCCUGCUCGCGUAAAAUCAGAGAGCAGGUCAGGAUCUCGUAGUCCAUCAAGAGUUUCCAAACAUUCUGAAUCCCAUUCUCGAUCAAGAUCAAAAUCCAGGUCAAGGUCAAGGAGGCAUUCUCAUAGACGCUACACUCGGUCCCGGUCCCACUCUCAUAGAAGACGAUCUCGAAGUAGAUCCUAUACUCCAGAGUAUCGUCGACGAAGAAGCCGGAGUCACUCUCCAAUGUCCAAUCGCAGAAGACAUACAGGCAGCAGGGCAAAUCCAGAUCCCAACACUUGCCUGGGUGUCUUUGGCCUCAGUUUGUACACAACAGAGAGAGAUCUUCGUGAAGUAUUCUCUCGAUAUGGACCAUUGAGUGGUGUCAAUGUAGUUUAUGAUCAGCGAACUGGAAGGUCACGUGGAUUUGCUUUUGUGUAUUUUGAGAGGAUAGAUGACUCUAAGGAGGCUAUGGAAAGGGCAAAUGGGAUGGAGCUGGACGGUAGAAGAAUUCGUGUGGAUUAUUCUAUCACCAAGAGAGCACACACGCCUACACCAGGCAUUUACAUGGGCAGACCAACUCAUAGUGGUGGUGGAGGUGGAGGAGGCGGCGGUGGCGGUGGAGGCGGCGGUGGUGGUAGACGACGGGAUUCUUACUAUGAUAGAGGAUAUGAUCGAGGCUAUGACAGAUAUGAAGAUUAUGAUUACCGGUACAGAAGAAGGUCACCUUCUCCUUAUUACAGUCGAUACAGGUCACGGUCAAGAUCUCGUUCCUAUAGCCCAAGACGCUAUUAAUAAUGGAGUGGUUGUGGCCAAGGACUCUCUGCCCCCCCCCUUUUAUUUCCCCCCUUCCCCCUUUGAUUCUGGAUUUCCAAGCUUCCAAUGCUUCCUAGUCCUAAAAACAAAACAAAAACCUGGUUUAUUUCAUCUAUAGUGUGGCCAGUUGUGUUGCUGUUUUCCACCCUUCGUUAUACUCUUAAAGGUGUAAUUGUCAUGUAAGUCCUUGAACAUCUGAGUAAAAAGGAGCCCAGUGUUAGA